AUGAUGGAGGAGUUUGGUCAGCUAUCUCUCGGGGACGGAUGUGACACAUACGGGCAUCGCCGUGACAAAACGUUGCAGGACGUGGACCUGUCUGCCAUAUCGCGACUGAGAAUAAGCGAGCCCGGGGUGUCGCAGUGCGCGCGGGAGCGCAGCACGAUCUCGGAGGAAUACAGGUGCAAGCUGCAGCCGUACUUCUCGACAACGCCGUCGCCGCUGCGGCAGACGAUAGUGGCGGAGAGCGACGAUGAGAUGGACAUCGACCCGGCCGAGAGCGUGGAGGCCGAGCGGACGGACGCCGAGCAGCUGGAGGACGUGCUGCAGGACGAGGAGCCCGAGGAAGACGCGCGGGCCAGCUCCAGCGGCCACCGGGGAUCUGUCAUCAAGGCGCUGCUGUCGCCGACGACGCUGGGCGUCGCGGCCGCCACGAAGGAGCUUGAAGAUCUGGCGGCGCCGGCCGCACCACCGCCCGUGCCUGCCGCCGCGGCGGCGGCGCCGCUCCGCAGCGCGCCCGCGCUCGGCGAGCAGGAGCUGCAGGAGCUGCGGCACAACUUCAACACGCGGCCGCUGCAGGUGCAGGUGAACCACCACCACUACUACCCCGGAUUUGCGCCGUACGGCGCACAGUCCGCGCACGACCCCUACGACCUGCCGCAGCCCUGGUCCGAGCGCUCGCGCCCGGCGUCCAAGCACACCUACGCCUUCACUUCGUACCUGCAGCUUGCGCUCAACGUGCUGACCGUCUUUGCGAUCUCGUCCCUCGCGCUCUCCUUCCUGCGCGCGCUCAAAACGGACCUACAGUCUACGUGGCGCCACAACAAGCUCGAGCUGGACUACGAGUCGCAGGCCUGUCGCCAAAGCUACGACGCCAACCUCUGCGACCCCGCAACCCGCGUACCCGCGCUCUACGAGCAGUGCGCCCAAUGGGAGAAGUGCAUGUCCCGCGACAACAACAUUUUUUUCCGCGCACGUUCGACCCUGAGUGCCCGUCUCGUGGGCGACGUUAUCAAUUCGUUCAUCGAGCCACUUGGCUGGAAAGCGCUGCUGUCGAUUUUAAUUGGUCUGCUCAUAUGGUGCUUCAGCUCUAAUUUCCUCCUGGGCUUUGCACGCGCCAAGAGCUACUACGGGUCGCCAUUGGCACUGGCUGCGCCGCCGGCCGCGUCUCCGCGCCAAAUAACCGCAUCGCAGGGCUCGCCAGAAAGAGACCUCGCCAUCAGCACGGCCCUCGCGUCCGCCCCACGGGUGCGUGAGCGUUGA